UUCUUUCAGCCGCCGAAGCUUCAAAGCAAACUAAAACUAGACGAACAGUUGCUCCACCAGUUACAAAAAUCACCCAAGACUAUGAACGAAACAACUUUCCCCCCUGCGAUUUCUGCAAGAUCUUCGCAAUUCAUUUUUCUCGCAGCGUUAAGCUGUAUUUCUGGAGUUUUAUCCAUAUGUGGAAACAUAGUGGUCCUGAUCGCCAUAUUUCGCACCAAAUCCCUACAUACCAUCUCAAAUUAUUUUAUUGCAUCGUUGGCCGUUGCUGAUCUGAUGGUGGGAAUUCUCCUCAACCCCAUCUUGGCUGCGAAAGCCGUCAUUUUCAGCUAUCUGGAUCCCGAACGCCCUCUAAAAGGGUCUGUAUUCGACAAGGUGGAAGACUUUGCGUGGAUCCAAGCUGUUGUUGCGACAACUUUCGGCCUGACAGCCAUUAGCAUUGAUCGCUAUAUCGCUGUGAAAUUUGGGUUCAGAUACGAAACCCUAAUUACUCCUAAAUUCUGCCUCCUUGCAACAGCUUCUGUGUGGCUCGGCUCGUUCGUCUUUGCCAGCGUUCGGCUAUUUCUUGAUAAACCCCAAGAUUUAUCGACACUUUGGCUCAUUAUGGGAGUCAUAACAUGUAUUUUUCCGACUCUAAUCAUAACAUUUUGUUACAUGAGCAUUUUCAGGGAAGCGAAACAACAAAUUCGGAAAAUCAAACAAGAAAGCUCACUUGCAGCGAGACAAGAACAAACGCGUCGUAAUAACCCGGCUGGUGUUAGCCACACGAAAACUGCUUUUACAGUUGCCAUUGUGAUUCUACUUUUUAUAAUUCUGUGGGUGCCAAGUUUGGCCACCGCGGCCACUCAGUUCAGCCUAUCAGGGUCAAACAAACCUAAAGAUCAAGUAACUUUGGUGAAAUUAGAGCGCGAAGUUUGGAUGUGGGUGUCCUUAGUGGCUUAUCUGAGUUCAGCCAGCAACCCUUGGGUCUACUCUAUUCGUUCCAGAGAAUUCAGAACUGCUUGUAAGAAAAUUUUCAAUUUCUUUGGGAGCCAUUCUAGAGUGGAACAUUUCUCUGUAACUGCAAGCGAGUUUACUGUUGGUUUAUGAAACUAGACAAUAUCUAAGUCGCCUCACCUACUGAAGACGUAAACGUUUGCAUGCUGGAAUUGAGAUUUAUUAGCUCUAAAUUUUAAAAAUGUAAGAAAAUUAACCCUUUCUAUGUUAUUUAUUUGCCUCACUGCAGAGGGAUAAAAAUAGAUCAAGAAAUGAUAACGAGAAAAAGACUCACAUCCCACGUCGGGAAAACAAACAUGUCUUUUCUUUUCGUUCCAUUUUUCAAUAAGCAAAGUCAGGAUGCGUUCUAUAAUCGGUCUUAAUCCUCUCAAUCAUUUGUCUUACCGCUCCUUUGGGUAUCCUCUUUAUUCUUGGAUGGCUUAGCGUAAUCAUCGAAAAAUUGAUUCACAAUGUUGUAUUGGUUCUUUUUUUCGCGAUUCCCAUUAUUGCUUUCGUAAUAGGUGCCAUUAAGUAUGCAAUUUAAGGAGAAUCAUUCGUUGAAAUUACAAGGUAGAGUCAAUAACUUUAUUAUUUUCUAAAUAGUAACCAAAGAGAUCGUCUUAUGAAGAUAGCUAAUUUUUUAUAUACAAAUAUAAAAGAUGCUAUAAUAUUUCAUCUUCUUUGUAAGUUUGGAAAGAUCACUGAGUCAAGACAUUGCAAACAUUCGUAAAAUACGUUCAUAGCCAUUUAGUCAGUUGAUUUUCAAAGCUUUUUUUUUUCAUUGACCACAAAGCUCUUCAUUAAAAAAGCGCAUCACGUACCUGUUCCAUAGUUGAAUUCGCGCUUGCUGGUGGCCAAUUUUUAAAAAUGAAGUAAUUAAUGUAGAAUUUCAGUGUUUAUGGGAUAGUCCUUUUGAAAUAAAAAACAUUUCUUAUCAUCAAA